AUGAGAGGACGAGUUUUUCCCACCACUUUUUCGCGGAAUAGUACUUAUGUCCAAAUCAACAUCUACAACACGAGCCUCCAAGGACUUCGUGAAGAUGGUGUAGAUUUAAAGCAGAUCUUGCAACACAUUGGUUACCGCUCAGUAGCUAUGGACGUCCCUAUUCUCUCGCCUGUGAAACGGAGAUCUACAAGGUUUCUUCGCUAUGGUGUGACGAACUCGUUUGAAGGAUUCCAUGGUUGUUCACAGGAGCUGAACGGUAAAUGUGAUUCCGAAUUUGCCGAAGGUAUCGAAUUUGAUGAGAACCACUCUUCGGAAACAAUCGCCGACGACGUGUACAUAACAGAUGUGAAAAGUCCCCUCGUAUCCCCUUGUCAAGAAGAGGAAAAUGCUUGCUACGAAGGCGGAAGUUCGACCAAUGACUUGUUGAGUAAAAACUGUGUUUCGGUAUGGGGCACUUCACCGAAAUUUCCGCUUUCAUCUGAAAAGGAAGCGGAUCCCGUCGAAGUAGAUGUUCUAAGCAAAACCUCGUCAACCACUCUCUUGCCUCAGAAUCAAAUGGAAAUUGAAAAUGUGCAGCCAACUGGUAGUCUGUCAUCAACUCAUAUUGCUUCGACUGGAGCUGGAAAUUCCCUUUGGAACUCCUACAUGAAAAGCGUGUCUAUUUGUGGGCCAACUGCAACCAGUUCACGGGAUGUGGUGGAUAUGGAAGAACCUCUACAACGUGAUGCUGCCGACGCAUCGGUAAAUUUAUUACAAGCCUCUCUUGAGGGUGGCGAAGGGAGCUGCUACACGGAAAAUAGUAGUGAACCUUUUGAGUUAGAUGGGCUAAAGGAUUUUUCCAAUGGACCCGAGACACCGGCGCUCAAUGAUGAUGAUGAAAUCGAAGUGUGGAACGGUACAGAUGACUAUGAGAACCCCAUUCCUGAUCCACAACCCGCUUUUGAUAAUUUUCGAAAGUCAAGGAGCAGCUCUCCCGAGCAUAACCAAUUAACACAAGUCACUUCGGUUCUUGAGGAACCUCACCCGAAGGACAGCUACGAUGCGAGUAAGUCGGUAUUGCUCAUGUCUUCCUCACUACCUGAAGCAGAAGAAGAAGAUCCAACGGAGGAAAGUAUGUCAGUGGAAAAAGCGGAAAUUAAUAAGAAGGUAAAAUAUUAA